ACAGCGGAGGUUUGCUCAGUCUGAUAGCUCCGUGUUAGCUCCGUGUUAGCUUGGUGUUAGCUUGUCUGUUCGCUCUUCUGUUAGCUCUGGCUUAGUAGAGUGGUAAAAACAGCAUGGAGACCAAGAGUGCACAGCCGUAUUUCUUCGGAGACAUUGGCUGCUGGUCAGAGCGGACAGAGGUGCAUAAGGCUGCCUCUGAGGGUGCUGCGUCUGCCCUGAGGCGGCUGAUCGAGGGCGGGGCCUCAGUAAACAUGGUGGCGGUGGACUCAAUAACACCCCUGCAUGAGGCCUGUCUGAGGGGCCAGGUGCAGUGUGUGCGGCUGCUGCUGGAGGCCGGAGCUCAGGUGGAUGCAAGGAACGUAGACGGCAGUACUCCUCUAUGUGAUGCAUGCACUUCUGGGAGUCUGGAGUGUGUGCGUCUGCUCCUCAAACAUGGUGCUAAAACUAACCCUGCGCUAACGUCCAGGACCGCGUCUCCACUGCACGAGGCCUGCAUGGGGGGUAACUCUGAGUGUGUGGAGCUCUUGGUGUCGAUGGGGGCCAGUCUGGAGGCGUAUGACCUGUACCACGGCACUCCUCUGCACGUGGCCUGCGUUAAUGACCACAUAGACUGUGUCAGAGUUCUGCUCAAUGCAGGAGCCAAAGUGAAUGCAUCACGCUUGCACGAGACGCCGCUGCAUCACGCUGCUAAAAACCUGAGUGAGGACAUGAUCCAAAUCCUGGUGGAGUUUGGAGCCAACGUUUACGCUCGAGACCAACACGACCGCCGACCUGCAGACUACACGCGGCCCGGCUCACCCCCUGCUGAACGCCUUCACUACUAUGAGAGCACACCUCUGAGUCUGCAGCAGCUGAGUCGUUUGUCAGUGAGGAACCAUCUUGGCCCCAGAGCUCUGAAAGCCAUCGCACAACUGGACCUGCCCAAGAUCCUGCUCAACUACCUCUGUUUCCACUGACCAGAACCAGGGCUAGGACCAGGGCUAGGACUAGGGCUAGGACUAAGGCUAGGACUGGACUAGGACUGGAACUAGGACUGGAACUAGGACCGGACUAGGACUAGAACCAGAAUCAGGACCGGGACUAGGACUAGAGCUAGGACCAUGACCAGGACUAGGACCAGAAAUAAGGACCAGGGCUAGGACCAGGGCUAAAACCAGGGCUAGAAAUGGAACUAGGAACAGACCAGGACCAGAACCAGACCAGAACAAGACCAGAACCAGAUCAGAACCAGACCGGAACCAGACUAAACCUGGACUCACUCAGACCUACAGGACUACAAGACAACACAGAAAGACACUGUAUUGUCUGGAAUUGUGGAUUUUAAAUUAAUUUAAAUAUUUAUUCUUAAUUACUGCUCACAUGAGUCUUAUCUUAUCACAAUUUUUAGUUUUUUUGAAAAGACAAGGGAAAAUGUACUUAAAGAGGGAGUAUUAUGCAAAAUCAACUCUUUUGGAGCUUUCUACCUAUGCAUGUUUGAAUAAUCUAGUGAUCUCUCCCAGGCACUAUUCACAAGCCUAUGUCAUCCAGGCUCCCACAUGGCAAUGCUCCAUAAAUAUACGAUACGAUAGCAUGAUACAAAACUACACAACAACUUGACAAACCUGAUGUGAUGUGCUGUAGUUGAUGAUUGUGUUGUGAUAGCACUUUGAAUGGCGAGUGACUUAGCACAGAGAGCAAAGGGAGUGGAUACUCCCUUUAAACCAUGUUAAUACGUUGUACAUUCUCAGUACAAUAAAAAGUAACAUGGUGAUCUAAAUAUGUUAUGUGUACCUCACUGAAGUAAAAUACUCCCUCUUUAAUUCAUUAUGUCUGUGCCAAAUAUAAGAAAAUGUUAAGGUUAUGUUUUAUGUUGGUUAAUUAUGCAAUGUAUUUUGCAUAUAUGUGAUUUAUCUAGAGUAAAAGUAGCUGUUCAGUAUUAUAUAAACAUGUAUUUCCAAACUCUUAAAAAAUCUAAAAGACAUAAUAAUUUGAUGAACCCAUUUUAAUGUUGUGAAAUGUUCAUGUAUCAGUCUCAUAGAAUGGACUGUGAUGGUCACGCUCACAGUGCAAACCUGUAGAAUUCAUUCUCACAUAUGAAAUACAUUUUAUUCUUUCAAUCCCAACUUUUUCAAGUUCAAACAGUUAGUUGUAUCUUUAAUGAACUGUAUAAUGAAAUAUAAUUUUGCCUUAUUAUAAUUCAUAAUAAACAUGGGGAAUAUA